AUGGUCAUCAACAGCACUUUGUUCGUAUGCAACGGAGUUGUCGGUCCGCGAGCUUUUGACGUGACCCGACGAACAGUUCGCUACGAUGCCGUCUCCGCUACCUGGGCCGACGUGCAUCCGAUGCAAACGGGGCGCGGUGAUGCCGGUUUUACCGCCACCGACGGUCACAUUUACGUGAUUGGUGGGCAUGCUGAGGAUAAGCGGGUACUGUCAUCGGUGGAACGCUAUGAUGUGGUAGCGAAUCGGUGGACCUUUGUAGCUCCCUUACCAGUGUCGCUUAGAAGGUCCGCCGUGGUCUGCUACGAAGGCCAGGUAUUCUUGUUUGGAGGUUGCACGUCGAUAAGGGAGAUUGGCACUAAUGCGGCAUUCUGUUACGAUCCCAAAUCGGAUUUAUGGAGUGCACUGCCGCCGAUGCCCACCGAACGGUAUCGCGCUUCGGCCUGCGUCGGAUCGGACGGAUGGAUUUAUGUCAUUGGUACGAUUAAGCAUGUAGUGAAACGGGCUGUUGAUUUGUUUGCUGCCACUUGA